AUGUCUGUGGGGUUCGGGUUUUCUGUUGGUGAUUUCCUCGCGGCUCUCAGACUUGUCGGAACUGUCAUUGAUGCUCUCCGUGAGUCGUCCAACUCAGGAUCAACAUACCGCGAGCUUCUUAAUGAGCUCUACUCCCUCGAGACGGCGCUCCUGCGCGUCAAGCGCAUCGAUCUUGACGGAUCUCAGCACGGUGAGAAACUCGCAUUGCAACAGGCCGCCGCGCAAUGUCAGAGAACGAUUGAUUCCUUCUGGAAGAAGGUCGAGAAAUACCAACCACAUCUGCAAGGCGGUGGAACAAGUUCAAAGCUCAAGGAUGGGUGGAGUAGGAUAAAGUGGGCUGUUUGCCGUAAAGUUGAUAUACAAAACUUCCGGGCUGAGAUCGCAGCCCACACCAGCUCCAUUGAGGUCUUGCUGUUGACCGUCCAAAUGAACGCCACCACCAUGCACGCUCGCGCUGAGCAGCGCCAAUACGAGACCCUGGCGGGGAAGAUACAAGUGUUAUCAAAUCAAGGGACGACCAAGCUCGCCAUUAUCGCCAAUAGCAUCGCCCAAAGCGUCCAGCAGGGGCGACGCCUGCUUGAAACAAGCGAAAAGGUUCUCCAGACAAACUUACGAGUGUUCCAAAUGAUUCAUGAUAUACAACGCUUUCUACUACAUAUUCCGACUCAGGUCCAACGCCAGCAGCCUGUCUACAUGAUUGAUGCGUUCAACAAAGAGAGUCCCUUUCACCUGGAAUUUGUCCGGUCUGCCGAAGCCUUGAUUUCAAUCCUCAAGGUGAACUUCAAAGCGUCUGGCUGCGGACCGGGAAUGAUUGACAGAGGUGAAUUCCUCAUAGAGGAGUCCGGUACUCGGAAUUUGAUUGACAUUUCUAAACCUUGGGAAACAUGCUUUUAUCCGGGACAGCGUGUAGCCAUGUGUAUGCUCUUUAAAGAAAAACGGGUGCGAGCAUCUUGCCCAAGAUGUGGAGCGGAAUUCCAGGGCCCAACGGAUAAGGAGGUAGAAUGCAUUACUUGUGGAACCGUAUUUUGUCGGGUUAAGGAACCGAGCCGAGCGGUGCAAACACCCACGUGGAAGGAUAUUCAUCCCGAUGAGCAUGUGCCCCUGGACCCCGGGAAAAUGAACCAGCCCGGAAAGAGGAAACAUCGGGAGAACGAUGAACCCGAUAUUCGGAUGUUUCGACGCGUCCGUAUCAUUAAUCCAAUGGAAUUCGCCCGGCCAGAUACAGGUUUGAUCACAAAACACAACCUUUUCUUAAGAAUGAAGGGCGCCAUUCCAGGGGACCUUUGGAAGUGCACACGAGAUCAGGCACUGGACCUGUAUAAGGCUGAGGAAUUGCCUAAACAGCAAGGGCUCAGGAAGAUCUGUGAUUCAGUGGUUUCCUUAACAUGA